UCCUCUUCUUAUCCUUUUUAUUCCUCGCUGAAGAAGACAGUUGAAUGUUGAUGCUUGCUUGCGUUGGAAAUUUUGUGGCGCCAAUUACGCUACUUUCCAAUUUCACGCGAUUUUUUAAUUAUUUUUGAGGAUGCCGGCGUUCUUGAAACAUAUCGAAGUUGAAAAUUUCAAGUCUUACAAAGGGAAGCUUAUUAUUGGCCCAUUAAAGUCCUUUACGGCAGUGGUUGGUCCUAAUGGAUCGGGAAAAUCCAACUUCAUGGAUGCUAUCAGUUUUGUCAUGGGCGAAAAGACUAGCAGCCUGCGAGUCAAAAGAUUUAGCGAGCUCAUUCACGGUGCAUCUAUUGGGAUGCCAGUGGCUCGAAGCGCUUCAGUAACAGCUGUAUUUGAGUUGGAGGAUGGAACUGAAAAAAGUUUUAUGCGUUCAGUGCAAGGCUCUUCUUCUGAACACAGAAUCAAUAAUAACGUUGUCACCAGUCAAGUAUAUCUUAAUGAGCUGGAACAACUUGGUAUUAAUGUUAAAGCAAAAAACUUUUUGGUAUUCCAAGGUGCAGUUGAAUCUAUAGCCAUGAAGAAUCCAAAAGAACGUACUGCUCUGUUUGAAGAGAUCAGUAAUUCUGGUUCAUUAAAAACAGAAUAUGAAAGAUUGAAAACAGAAAUGUUGAAAGCUGAAGAGGAAACGCAAUUUUCAUAUCAAAAAAAGAAAGGAAUUGCCGCUGAAAGAAAAGAAGCAAAAUUAGAGAAAGAGGAAGCUGAAAAAUAUCAACGUCUUAAGGAAGAAUAUGUGGAAAAGCAAAUAGAAUUGCAUUUGUUUCGAUUAUUUCAUAAUGAAAAGAAUACUGAAAAUUUGGAAGUUCUUCAAAAGAAGAAACAGCACGAAAUUGAAAAGAUUGAGAAGAAGAAGGAGAAAGCUGAGGAAUUACUGAAAGAAAAGAAGAAAGAUGCUGCUAAAUUGGGCAGAGAUCUUGCGAAAAUAGAACAAGAUAUUAGAGAAGUAGAAGUAGAAAUUACGAAAAAAAGACCAACGUUUAUAAAGGCCAAAGAACGUGUUGCCCAUAUGCAGAAGAAAGUGGAGUCCGCGCGCAAAGCUUUGGCUCAGGCGCGUAUAGCGGACGAGGCUCAUAAAAAAGACAUACAUGAGUUGCAGGAGGAAUUACGACAAGUAGAAGAAGCUAAAGCUGCUUAUGAAGCAAGUAUAGCAGGGCAGUCACAAUUACAAGGAAGAGAUGUGCAAUUAGAAGAUGAACAGGUACAAGAAUAUAAUCGCUUAAAAGAAGAAGCUGGCAAGCAAUCUGCUAGAUAUCUUCAGCUUCUCGAUUCUAUCAAUCGUGAACAAAAAUCAGAUCAAGAUAGACUCGAUAACGAAGGCAGGAAGAAGACUGAGAUAGAGAAUAAGCAUAAACAGAAGGGUCAUAUGCGAGAUGAGGCGCUCAAGCGAGUGGAAAAAUUAGAGGAACAUAUAAAAACAUCAGAGGCUGCAUUGGAGGAUCAGAAAAAGCUUAGAGCUGAUUUGCAGUCCGAUGUCGGUACAUCGAAGGAUAAGAUCCAAAAUUUGCAACGAGAAUUGGAGAGUAUCUCGGAGCAACUUGGCGAUGCUAAAGUUGAUAAGCACGAAGUAUCCAGAACUAAGAAGAAAACAGAAAUUGUAGAAAAUUUUAAACGUUUGUUUCCUGGAGUGUAUGACCGUAUGUAUAACAUGUGUGAACCCAUACACAAGAGAUAUAAUGUUGCAAUUACAAAAGUACUUGGUAAAUACAUGGAGGCUAUUGUGGUAGAUACUGAGAAAACGGCCAGGCAAUGUAUUCAAUAUUUAAAGGAGCAGUAUCUUGAACCGGAAACAUUUCUGCCGCUCGAUUACAUACAAGCUAAACCACUUAAAGAACGUCUUCGUAAUAUACAAGAACCUAAAAAUGUAAAAUUGUUAUAUGAUGUGCUGCAUUUUUCUCCAAAAGACAUUGAUAGAGCAGUUCUUUUUGCAACUAAUAACGCUCUUGUAUGUGAAACACCAGAAGAUGCAAAUAAAGUAGCAUAUGAGAUGGAUAAGAAAACUAGAUAUGAUUGUGUCGCAUUAGACGGUACGUUUUAUCAAAAAGCUGGCAUAAUAUCUGGUGGCAGCUUGGAUCUUGCAAAGAAAGCGAAAAGAUGGGAUGAAAAGCAGAUGUCUCAAUUAAAAGCACAAAAAGAAAAGCUAACAGAAGAACUGAGAGAAUCUUUGAAAAAAUCUCGCAAAGAAUCCGAAUUAAACACAGUUGAAUCUCAAAUACGUGGUUUGGAGACUCGUCUAAAAUACAACAAAAGCGAUUUGUCUGCCACACAAAAACAAAUUGCAGAUCUUGAAGUGGAGUUAGAUGGUUUGCAAAAUGAAUUAAAUAUGUUUGGUCCUGCAAUAGCUGCUAUUGAAAAGACCAUGGCUGAAAGGGAUCAAGAAAUACAAAAUAUUAAAGAAAAAAUGAACAAUGUUGAGGACGACGUGUUUGCCAGUUUCUGUGAACAAAUAGGAGUCUCCAAUAUUCGUCAAUAUGAAGAAAGAGAAUUAAGAUCACAACAAGAAAGGGCAAAGAAAAGAAUGGAAUUCGACAAUCAAUGUAAUCGCAUUUAUAAUCAACUAGAUUUUGAGAAACAACGCGAUACAGAAAGUAAUGUUUUACGAUGGGAACGAGCGGUUCAAGAUGCAGAGGAUAAACUUGAAUCUGCAAAACAAACCGAAUCUAAUCAAAAGGCAGAGAUCGACCAUGACGAGCAACAAAUGGAGCAGUUGAAAUCAUCUCGCAAUGCUAAAAAAAUGGAAGUUGAUCAGAAAGAAGACGAAAUCGGUAAAGCCAGGCGUGAAGUGGGAGCUAUUGCAAAAGAUAUUCAGUCAGCUCAAAAACAAUUUAACACGAUUGAAACAAAAAUCGAACAGAAAAAAGCCGAGCGACAUGCUAUCUUGAUGCAAUGCAAGAUGGAAGACAUCGCGAUACCUAUGUUGCACGGAAAUAUGGAAGAUAUAGCAGGUGAGACAAGUACGACAAACGGUAGUGAAACCAAUAAUGAUUCAUUAUUGGUCGCUAUGAGCACGCAACAACAAUACGAACGCGAAAGGAGGAUUACCAUAGAUUAUGCACUUUUGCCCGAAAAUUUAAAGGAUGUAGAGGAAGAGGACAUUAAAAAGACUACUGACAAAUUAACGAAAACCAUAAACGAUUUGCAAAAUACGAUACAGCGCAUACAAGCUCCAAAUAUGAAGGCAAUUCAAAAAUUAUAUUUAGCGAAAGAGAAAUUACAAGAAACUAAUGAAGAAUUUGAACAGUCUCGUAAAAAAGCGAAGAAAGCGAAGACACAAUUUGAGAAGGUGAAAAAAGAAAGACACGACAGAUUCAUGGCAUGUUUCGAACAUGUGGCAAAUGAGAUUGAUCCUAUUUAUAAGAGUCUAGCGAAGAAUCAAUCUGCUCAAGCAUUCCUUGGACCAGAAAAUCCUGAAGAACCCUACUUGGAUGGUAUUAAUUAUAAUUGUGUGGCUCCAGGCAAACGGUUUCAGCCAAUGUCCAAUCUAUCCGGUGGAGAAAAAACUGUCGCUGCUCUAGCUCUAUUAUUUGCAAUACACAGUUUUCAACCUGCGCCAUUUUUUGUCUUGGAUGAGAUCGAUGCGGCUCUUGAUAAUACUAACAUAGGAAAAGUGGCUAGUUACAUUCGUGAUAAAACGAGUUCGCUGCAGACGAUCGUUAUAUCAUUGAAAGAGGAAUUUUAUUCACAUGCAGACGCACUCAUUGGAAUUUGCCCGGACGUAGGCGAGUGUUUGGAAAGCAAAGUACUAACGCUCGACUUAACUACGUGUCCCACGCACAUUUCAUAGAUGUUUAUUAUAUAAAAGAAAUCAUUAUUCUUUUUCUUAUAGAUUUGAUAUAAAUGAUUUUUAAUAACAUCUUCGAAGAAUAUAUAAUUAUCACGAAAUAUUGUAUAUGUAUUAUUAUAUUAUAUACUUUCCAGAUUUAUUGUAUUCUUAUUGUUAUUUUGAACUCACUGCAAAAUCUUACUUUUUAAAUUAGAUCGUAUGUAUCUAUUAUAAGUCAGGAUAAAAGUGAGAAUAAGUGUGUGAGUAUAAAACAAAUUGUGUGAGUAAUGUAAAUAACUUUUAAAACUGAACUUUAAUAAAAAUUUGCGAAAAUU